UAGCGUGAGCCUUAUUUAAAGCCUUUUGCUUAUAAAUGUUAAUGAGUUUCUUAUUUUUUUCCCCAUUUGGCGAAAAGAGUUUUUCUGCAGCUCAUCAAAAGAGGCGAGGAAAAUCUAUUUCCCGUAAGUUGGAUGAUUUGACUAUACAUUUAGAUCAAGGCUACUUUGGUUAAUUUUAUAUGAAAUAUUCGGAAUUUAGGGUUUAGGCUUAAAAUUAUUUGUUUUGGAAAGAACGUAAAAUAUCUGUAUAAAAACAAGCAAAAGUCUUCAACUUCUACUCGAAUGAUAACAAGCUCGUUUUAAAAAAUAACAGCUGGCGGAAUAAAUAAUUCAUCUACACAAUGGAUAUUAGGAAAAUCAAGUUAGAUGUAUACGUUAAGAUAUUUCAAAAUGACUUACCUGCAGUGUGAAAAAUUAGCACAGGAUUUAAAUUGUUCUGCCUCCUAAGAAAUAAUACCUAGCCUCAUCGAGAUACCGCUUUUCCACUUGUUUAAUGUAAUUUCAAACUGCUUUUUUCAAGCUGAUGGUCUUCGUUUCAGUUGCUAGGAUAUAAGCUCUUAGCUGCCAGUAUCAUACCACACCCGCUAAAGAGCCCAAUUCCCGCUAAAAUCUCUAGAGGAAAUGAAUACUUACUGAGUGCGUGCAUUCAAAAUCAAUUACUCUUGGUAAAAACUGAAGUAAAAACCGUACUAAAUGUAGAAAAGCGAUCUCAAAAAUGUUGGAGUUUUUCGUUCUAACUGCUCUAAUUUUCGUAUUCUAUAGUCAACCAACACGGACCUCGCCGCAGUGGUAUUCUUGAAAUGGUGCUGGCCAUUCCCACAUCGACCACACCCACUAAUUAUGUUUUCAUGCAUCAAAACUCGACCGUGCCCUCUACAAAAGAUAAAGGCCGAAAAUUCGACGCUGUCAACAAAGCACCCUCCAAAACAAAUUUGUACUCUGUAGUAAACGAGAAAAAAGUGACCAACGGUGUGUCUGUUGUUAAAAAUGCCACAAACGGAAUGAAAAACUUGACGACAUAUUCAUUUGCGCAACCGAACAGUUUUCCACAGCCAACUAGUAUUCCACCAAUCGAUACAAUGUCGGAAGCAUGGCCAAAUCCAAUGGGAUCGAUCGAUAACGAAAUGGAGGACAUCGGAAGUCCAACUUCAAUGCAACCGAUUGCGAACGAGAUGAACGAUGAAGAAAAAAUACCUGGUAUAGCUGAUAUUUCCGACAUGGAGCGUAUUCCGUUAGACUUUCAAGAAGAGGAGCCAUGGGAAAGGAGUCAAGCUACUGCCAGUCACGUGACUCACAGUCACACCACGCACGGUCUUGAUGGUUCUGGUGUUGGCCAUGCUGCGCGUAGGCAUGUUGUUCCUGCUCCGCGUAGACGCAGGAUGAAGUUAGAUGUUAAGGACUGGAAUAAAGUGACUGGUGCAUAUGUGAGAAGGAGGGAGUAUCAUACUCAGAGAGGUCAGCUGAGAAUCUGGAGUACUACGCCUAAAGCUGGUCGGUUGGGAAGGAAAGGCAAGUUAAAGUUCGAGAAUGAAAUUCCCCCAAUCCACAAGGUUAGAAAAUUCACGAUGAACAAAACCUGUCCUCCCUGUUCGUUUGUGAAAACGAGGAAGUCGAAAAAGAAAAUGUCAAUUCCACCUCCCAAACCUAUCGAUCCAAUCCAGCCAUUGCUUGAAAAAUUUGAAAAAGAGAAAGAAGUCAGUGAUAUUAAAGAACACACAGUGGACAUUGAAAAAGUUCAACCGAAUGAAGCAAUUGAUAAACAUCUGAAAACUUUGGAAAAUCAGCCAGACAUCACAUCAAUUUCUGAACAUCUUUCAAAGGAACAAAUUCAAGAUAUCGUGCCGAUAGAAAAUCAUCAACUAGAACUCAAAACAAACUAAGGAAUUUUUUUUGGAUUGAAAGUUGGAGGAAAAGAA